ACCGGAAGUGGCCGGCAGAUCGUUCGAAAACAUGUGGCUGGAGGUCUGGCUGGCUGCGCUGAGCACACUGUGCGCCGGGCUGGGGGUUCGGGGGGAGCACACCGAUUACAGCCGGAGGGUGAGUGUCCAUGGCUGACCAUUUUAUUUAGCAGCCUCAUUGCAUGUUACAGGCCAGUAACAGGAGGGUGGGGGGUACCUACCUUACAUUGGGGGCAGUUACUGGGGGAGUGAUGGCUUCUAAGGGUACUGAUUGGGGUGGCAGCGGCCAGAAGGAACGUUCUUGGUAAAUUGAGGGAAGGGAGCUGGUGAGGGGACAUAUCUGGAAUGAAAUAGUCUGGUGAUAAAACAGUACUUGUAAACAAUGGCGUUUGGGGCAGGGAGAGGGGCUGAUCUGUUACCUUCAUUGAGAGGUUUGGAAAUGAAAACAAUGAGGUGAGGGGAGUUUGUUUCUAAUAUGUUGAAAGCUAGAUACCUGCAGGUGGUGUAUGUUUAUCCUUGUUAUACAUAGGUACUCAUAUUCUGAAUAAAACGUGUGGUGGCCUUCAAUAGACCAAAAUGGGACAGGUUCGUUACAUGGGCACGCAAGCUGAAGGGGCACCUGUGUUGUUAGUAAAAAUCCAGCUAGUAUUUGUUUUAGAUUAGAGGUGCAGGUCACAGGAGCUCCCAGCUUGAGUGCAGGACUUGUGGGCUCUUUCACUGGUGUUGAGAAAUCUAUUUAAUCAAAGUUAGCUGCUCUGGUUGUGUGCUGCCCUAUUAUCCUCCAGCUCUCUGAUAAAUGCUUAUUAGUACUGAUUAAGGAACACAUGAUCCCCCCCCCCCUUUUUACUCUGACACUCCAUCUAAGCUCUAUAGUAACAGAUUUAUGCACACUGUGAAGGGUUAUAUCAGAAUUAUUUGUGGAAAUGAAAGUUAAACCAUAUCCAGCCUCGUAAUCACAACCUCAAAUAGAGAUCACGAGUACUUGCAGGAAAUAGCGAGUGUCUCCUCUUAUUGCUGUGUCUAGCUUGUUCUGUCCAGGGAGGUAUGAAAUUUGUUUUAGUUACUGUUUUUAUUAUUUUUAAAUUGUAGGUUUCACUGCAGUACAAUCCUGGAACCAGUGAUAAGUCUGUGAACCUUUUGCAUGUACGUGCUGUGGACAAUGUCAGCACCAUUCACUAUGUAUGGAGUACCAUCGGGGCCCCCACUGCUCUCCUCAUAUACACCUCCAGUCCGACAAGUGAGCUGAACAUUAAUUGGACCAAAUUAACAUCACGAGAACCAUACGGUGCUAUCACAAUACAGCCAUCCAGCAGUGUCCUUUACUCUACUGCCCUGAUGUUCACAAGAGUAAGUGCAUGGUGAUUAGAGGGUUUUUCAUGUAACUAUUUGCCAGAAGUGUAAAUGAAUACUCCAAGCAUAUAAACACUAGAGUGUGCUGUAUUAAUAAACCUCAACAUUGCUUCCCUUGAAGUUGGACACGGUUGGAUGGAAUAAAAUGAUGCACUAUUGCUAUGCUUUUUCGAGUCAGUCCCCUGGUAUCCCCAAGAGUAGCAAAGCAGGGAGCCAAGUCAGAGCAGCAGCACAGGACCCGGAAAUUGAGACUGUUUUGGUCCCUGGUAAUGGUUAUCUGUCCCCCAUUGUAAAUAGUCAGACAUUUCUUUUAUCAGUAAUCCGCCGGCUGCUUGCCGCCUCCACUACUGGAGUCAUGGACACUUUAGUGUGAUUUACUAACCUUUUUCCAGCGCCACGCAGGGCUCCUUGUGUAUGGCCCCAUUCCUGAUCCGCCUCUUUGGCUGACAUAAUCAGAAUUGGUAAUCUCAGCCAGUCACAAUGCUUAGCCAUAAGAAAGCUUUGAAUUGGCUGAGAUUGUCAAUUCUGAUGAUCUCAGCCAAGGAGGCUGGGCAGAGCCAAACUCUGCCCUGGCCGAUCAGCAUCUCCUUAUAGAGAUGCAUUCAAUCAGUACAUUUCUUUGGGGAAAGUUCAGCGUCUCCAUGCAGAGGAUGGAGACACACAUUGUGCAGCACUGCCUGUAAUGUAAACAUUGCCUUUUCUCUGAAAAAAGAGUGUUUACAUGAAAAUGCCUGCAGGGACUGACUAUAUUCACUAGAACAACUACAUUAAGCUGUAGUUGUUCUAGUGACUAUAGUGUCCCUUUAAUGUUAAAAUGUUCUUGCAAUUAGAGUUCAUAUUGCAAAAUUUAGGCUAACAUAACCCAACUGUAAUUAUUAGAAACAUUUCUAGGCUAGCAGAACUGAAAACAUAGUUAGGAUUUUUCAAUUUCAAUAUUUAGGCCACUUUUUGGGGGGAGGGGACAAAAGAAAAAAGCUGUCCCACAUAUGUUUUGCUGCAUAUAGAUAAACAGAUAUGUUCGUAUAAAGGCUUCUGAUAAGGUAGGAUGUAAUCUAGUUUACACCUCACACUGUGUUGUGGAAAGUCCCACUGUUUUAUAUCUCUGACAUGGCUGUGACAAUGACCCUGAUGAGUCAUUUUUAUAUUAUUUAAACUUCAAGAUCGCAAAUGCUAUAUUCUCUGUGUGAAUUAUUUUGUAUAAGUAAACACCCCCUUCUCAGUGCAUUCCCGGGGUUUGUUUGCAGUUGGAGAGGAUAGUGUUUUGAGAAAUUCUUCUUCGCAAACUAUAGACCAGGUAUUAAAAGAUCAGCAGUGUGUUUUCACAAAUCCUGAAAUUAUAUAUACACUGAGAACAUGUGUAUACUUACAUAUAUGCAGUACAAGAAAGUGCACAGGAGCUAUAACAAUAUUUAAAAUAAUAAAAGAUGUGCCUUUAGGAUCGGACCUAAGAACGUGCUGGCAUUACAUUUCCUAUAUUUGUUUUCUUUGCAGAUCUUUGAGUACUCUGAUGUAAAUAACACCGCAAAUUUCUCUGGGACCGCUGAGAAAUCCUUCUACCCCACCUAUAACUUGUCUGACUUCAAGUGGGAAAAUGCAAAUGCCACUUUAAAUACCUCUUCCUUGACUGCCAACCUGACUGGGAGACACAAGUCGGAGAGCUUUCAGAAUGGAAGUGUGAUUUUCCGAGUGAGUUAUGGGAUUUUAGGGAAUCAUUUGGGGUUAGAAUUUCUGUUAUUAGCUACGACUCUGAUGGUCAUUAAAUGCCACAAAUCUGUUCCUAAUUCCUGAACUGCAAUUGGAUCCCAUGCAGACUACACAAUGGGUGUGACUAGGCUAGGCAGUUCCUAAUGUUGGGCCGUCUUGUUCUCUCUGUUGCCAUACCUUUUGCAUUAACAUUGGUUGCCGAUUAUCUGAUUCGAGAUUAAGACCAUGGAUUUCAAUCGUACAUUUAAAGGGACACUAUAUUCACCAAAACAACCUUGGCUUAAUGAAGCAGUUUUGGUGUAUAGAGCAUGCCCCUACAGUCUCACUGCUCAAUUCGCUGCCACUUAGGAGUUAAAUCACUUCUGUUUAUGCAGCCCUGGUUAUGACUGACACAGCCUGCAUUAAAACAAAAUGGUUUCAUUUUCAAUCAGAUGUAACCUACUUUAAAAGUUUCUGUCUCCUUCUCUGUAAAUUGAACUUUAAUCACACAUAGGAGGGUUUAGCAGGCUAUUAACAGAGCAGGAGAUACAACAUUCUAAAUGAUACAGAACUUGCAAUAAAGGAAGUGUAAACAUUAGAUGACUGUUUACAGGAAGUGUUUAGGAACGCUGUGUAAGUCACAUGCAGGGAGGUCAGAGACUUGAGCAGUGAGACAGGGGCAUGAUAUAUACAUAUAUAUAUCAUAUAUAUCUGAUCAGUGUGUGUGUUGUUUUUUACUUUACCUUAUAUAUUUUUUUUUUUUUUUUUAACACAUUAUCUUAUAAAAAAUACUUUUCCUGUAAGGAGGGACAGUAUGGGUAAAGCAACUAAAAACUGUUAAUGGUAAAAUAGCUGUACUGGAAAGAAGUUAACUCGACUAUUUUCCCCGCAUGACUAUUUUAUCCUAAUGUUUUAAUUUCUGUGACUGUUAUUUGAUGAUCCCUGCUUAACCCCUUCUUCACCUAUUUUCUGCUAGGUAUCGGCUUUUGGCAGUUCUGGGAGGGAUCUCGCCUCUCCUCGCCUGCUCCACACAGCAAACUCUUCCAAGCUUGAGUUUUUGAUGUCAGAGGUCAAACCUCGGGGGAACAACUCCCGUUUUGCUCUUGAGAUGUUCACCUUGGAGAAGAAGGAGGGAUGUAAGAAGAUGGUGUCUGUACGCUCAAUCGAUGAUGAAUAUACCCCAACGAUUUUUGAGGUGAGCCGUUGUUUUACCCCCAGAAGAAACUAAUUUGUUUCGUCAUUUUAAUCAUUGGUGACACUCCAUGAAAUCUCACAUUUCAUUUCAUAAUUUCCCUUUUAAUCAUAUAUCUGAGCACAUUUAUAGCUCGCUGUACCUGGUGUAGGCAGCUGGCAGCUCUCCAGGAGCCUCCUGUACUUGGACUCCCAUAAUUCUUCCUAUGUCUGGUAUGUGCUCCUGGGCCUUUAGUGUAACAUCUGCAAAAGGAAGACGUGUUUGUGAUGAAAGUCCCGUGUUACUAUGCUCCUUGAUGUGCCAUUCCAUAGAUCGACUGGCCAUUGUGCGUAGUUCCCGUUACCAUUUCUCCUAAUCAGAAACUUUGUUUUGCAGGUCGCACAGCUUAUUGCAAACAUGCCGAAUGACAGCCAUGCCCAAGGUUAUUUCCAGUGGAAGUCUGUGGCCUAUGGUGCCGUCGGUGGCAAAAGAGCGGAUUCACUGCCAUGCCAGUACUAUGACUUGAGGCUCACGAACGAAUCUCUGCAGUUUCCCAGCAUUGUCCAUGCCUUCUUUGGAAAAGACCUGAUUGAGAGAUACAAUGUGGAGGCCUUCAACGUUUCCUUUGGGAUUGCAGAUGGGGACUUCUAUGAUAAACACAAUUUUUUAAGUUGGUGAGUGGAAUUCUACCUGUUCUGAGAAUGUUGCCUCAGCCAUGCAGUGCACCAGUUAAUCUGUUGCUUCUACUGUUAUUUAUUUAUUUUUUCCUGCUUUUUAUACAUAUUGUGUAACUUUAGGCAACACUAAGGGCACUAUGACAAAUGAAUCAGAAUUAAGUUGUUAUGGUGCCUGGAGGUCCCUGGCACCGGCAUUUCUUCAUGGGUUAAAGCAUUAAAGAACAGUUUUAUCUGUUGGCUCUGACUCCCCUCCUUCCACAUUUGCUUGAAACAGGAAGCCUUGGACGGCCACAGACAGGCACCCCUGAUUGGCUGAGAGCGUCAACAUUAAGCUAAUCCGUAGCUCCCCAUUCACAAGAAGACAAUUAAAAUAUGAACGCUUUUCAAACCUUUUUGUGAAUGGGAAGCUAUGGAUUGAUUUAGAACUGAUGCUCUCAGUCAGUCAGUGAUGCCCCUGUCCGAAGCCUUUCGAGACUUCCUGUUUCAAGCCAAUAAUAAAUGUAGAAGGUGGGGGUCAUAGCUGACCGGUGCUGGAUUCAGCACUUUUGGAUUAAACUGUUCGUUAAUGUGUUAACCCAUCAAAGUAUGCUGUUACCAGAAACCUGCUGGCACCAUAACAUUAUUCCAAUUUAGUUGUUAUGGUGUCUGGAGGGUCCUUUUUGUUUUGUUUUUUACCCCCAUACCCCCCUCUUUUUUUAGGGGUUACACUGAAGGCACAUUGCAAUGUUUACAUUGCAUGGUUAAGGCUGCUUUUAGUGGGGGGCAGGUUGCCAGAGGACGCUAUAGUGAUAGAAAUACAGUUUUGUAUUUCUAAUGCUAUAGUUUUCCUUUAAAAUCAGUAGGAAGAAGCCGGCUUCUCCCUCAAAAGGGAAGAGACUCCAUCCACCAGUAUCAUCUCAUUCUGGCCCAUGGUGUCUUCUGAUACCCCAUAAUGUCCAGUAUACAGAAAUUUACAAAAUGACUACGUUAUCCCACCAGGAGUAGUCUCUUAAGAUGAGUGGAACGUCUCUGUAACAUGACAACAGACAAACCAUGUCUGCUGUAAUUUUACUCACAACCCCGCAACUCACAACGGUUUGCCGUCAAGCAAAAAAAAAAGAGAAACGAAAAAUACAGCCACAGCAAUUUUUUUAUUAUUGCAAGUAAUUGCAGUACUAAGACACUCCAUCCUAGGUGUAGGAUAGCCUCUGUGUUAUAGCUUUACAGUCAAACAACGUUUUCAUGGUGCUUAGACUGACCCUUUUAAUCUUCAAAUAAAAUGUCACGUCAAGUUUUUUUAAUUAUAUAACAUACCUUUUUUUUUUCUUCUUUUUUUUUUUGCAGGUCAGCUCUGAUUGGUUACGGAACACCUCCCAAGGACACCUUUUCCACGCUGGUUAUCUGUAUUAUGGCAGUGGCCCUCGGCACUCCGUUGCUGCUGUUGAUCGUUGGUGCAGUCGUUGUCUUCUCUUUGCGAAAUAGAGUGUACUCUAGUUAUGAGCCUAUUAAUUAGCUGGUGGCUGGCGGUGGUGUAGUGCAGUCACAACUCACGCCUUGUACACUUGAAGAUGGGCUUCUUUUAGUUUGCACAUGAACUCUUUGAGAAUCGAAUUUGUGGUAGCAACAUGGCACUGCAGGAGAUUGGUCAGCCUACUUAUCACAACUAGAAGUAAACUAGACUUAAUGAUUGGUGAUUUUUCUUUUUUUUUUUAUUCCAGAUAGACUAUCUCCUAUGGUGCCAACAAGCAUUAGAUUUUGGAUUACUGGGGAGGGGAAGUAAGCAGUUUUGUGUAACGGGUAGUAUUUUUCUCUUUCUGCUUAUCUUCCCUCUCCCACGAAGAGUUAAGGUUAAAAGACGAUUGGAUUUAUUUUUUCGUCUGGCCAGUUGUCUGGUCUUGUACAUGUUUGUUAUUGUAUUUGAUUAGGUACACUCAGCAAUCACUUGUGUUUUUCAAGAUCAGACAGAGCCAGAGAGAUGGGGAAUUUUAGGGAAUUUUUUUUUUUUUUUUUAUCCCCUGAAUGCUGCAUUCACUCCCUAUCAUUUAUAGUUCUUUUUAUUUACUUUCUUUGGUUGCAUUUACUAAGACGUGUUAUUUUCUGAUAAUUUAUGAACAUUUUAAAGUUCUAAAGGUUAAAGAUGUAAUUAUUCCCCCCCCCCCCUUCAUAUUUUACACCUACUUUUUAAGCAAAUAGCAAAUUGACAUUAAUUUCCUCCGGUAUUUAAAUCCUCAGGGCGGUUUUCAAUAGGUUUGCUAUAAAGCUCACAAAAAGAGCCAUUGCGAACACGGGUACUAGGUAAAUUCCAUAGCGCAUUGUUUAAAUCCUCAGACGUCAGAUAAAAGAUUUGUGCGUCUGAACAUUCUUCUGACGGUGAAAAACGAUUAAGAAUUGUUUUGUGAUGUUUUCUUUAUGUAUAGAAUGUGUAUAUGGUACUCUGCCUAACUUUACGGAACUAAUUGUAGUAUUAACUCAUGUCCUAACAUGCAUCAUCAAGUGCUUUCUCUUUGCCAUAUUUAUCGAUAUUGGCGCUAAAGUUCGGCCAUCUUGUUUGCUAGGCAUGGCUGUUCAUUUGUCACACUUGAUUUGCAUGGUCCGGUGGCUUUAAGGUCUGAUAACCCAGAAAAUCGACCUUCACUUUAUAUGAAAGUCCUAAUAACGGGUAGCCAACUAGGUGUUUUCAGCUUGCACUAUCUUAUCUGUUACAUUCCUCUUGCCUUUUACAUCAUUCGUCUGUUAUUGGUGCUGUUUCCUAUACGUCAUAAUGACAUCACUAAAACACAGGAAGUGACAAACUGCUAUCCACGAGACAGCAGGCAAUUUAAAUAAAUUCAUCCAUUCCUAUCCACUAAACUCACUCUGGAUAGUGUGUGUGUGUAUAUAAUUUUGUUUGUACACCGUAAUUAUGUUUUUCAUUAUGUUGAUGAUCUUAUGUCAGUUUAAAAAUAUAUAUAAUCCGUGUCUUUUCUUGUUUGUCUUUUUUUUUUAUUAUUAUUAUUUUAUUUUUUUUUUAGGUUUACUGAAGCCAAUCAAUGUUCUCUGAUUUACAGACUAACUUUUUUGUUUUAUUAUCUGAAAUUGUUUUGUAUCUGCUUCCUUGACGUAUGUGCCACUUAUUAAUAAUUACCGUUUUAUUUUAAUGUGUGUCUUUUUAAUUAAAAAAUGUAUAAAAUGCUAUUUUUCGUAUCUUCAAGGUAAAGUGCUCCUG